UGCAUAUGCGCAGUUGAUCUUGCCUUACUGUACAACGACAUAGAGUCCUUAUUUUUAAUGUUAAACGAGAGUUAUGUCGUGUUCAUCCUGUGUUCAAAGACAGCCGGUUGUUGACCUUCGACAACUUCACAGAGGUGAUCACAUAGAGUUUGGAAGGAUAAACUUCAUCAAGCCUUUCUUGAGAAAACUCGUUUCAGGCACGGAACACAUGCAUUUUGGAUACCUCUAUUUUCAUCAUGCAAUUGUGACAGAAGUUAAUCAUGUUGGACAGUAUAUAAAACUUGUGGAAUUUGGCUCAAAUGGAAAGUCAUUGUCGUCAUAUCUAAAAUCCCAACAAAAGGCGAUUGUCCGUGAAAGUCAAAUGAACUUUCACGACCUCUAUGAUGACUUGGAUAUAUUUCUUGUAAUUCAUAAGAAUAAAGGUCAACAUCCUCCAAAUCCGCAUGAAAUUGUGAAAAAUGCAUUGGGUCUACUACAAAAAGCACGAAGUGAAAAAUACAAUCUCUUUUUGAACAACUGUGAACAUCUGGCUAAUUUGUGUGUAACCGAGCAAAGGGUAUCAAUGCAAAUCAGAGAAGCCACAGAUGGAUUGAUAAAUAGGAUCUUUGUCAAUACACCAACCUGGUUCAAAACGUUACUUAAAACUCUAUGGAAAAUGCUUUUUACAUUGAUAAGCAAGGUUCAAGAGGUUUUGAAAAAUUAUCCCAAGUUGCAUGAAGCGUUUGUUUUUAUGUCACGUUACCUCGGAAAGUGGCUCGGAUGUACCUUUGCGAUAGCGAUAAUUUUUACAGCCCUUAAGAUUUUCAUCUUUUACUACACAUGGAAAGAUCAUGCAUUUUGUUCAGAUUGUUUCAAAGUAUGGGUGAUCAAUUUAUCAUGGCAAUUACUGUCAAUGCUUUUGUCUGCAAAAUGUAUGUUUUUGGUGGGUAUUGGAAUUUGUUUUUCUGGGUUUUUGCCAUACGAAUUACUUUUUAGGAAUCGUGCAGAUUAUUCUCAGCUCCACUCUUUGAGAACAAUAAGACCUGGUGACGUGAUCACGUUUAACCUUUACAUGCCUUUCAGUUUCCACGAUGCUCUCGUAGUUGAUUGGGAACUACUUUUGACAGCGGGCAGUAUGAGAAAAUUAACACGGCCUUUCUCAACUCUGAGUGAAGAAGAGGUUUUUGGACUGUUGACAACACUGUUAGACGAGUUUUUGAGAAUCGAAAGAAAAAAAUCAAUUGAAAAUCUAGAUAUCUACGUGAAAGAUACGAGUGAACAAGGGGGUAACUCAGUAUUAGAAUCGAUCCCAUAUAAGAAGAUGAAUGAAUUUUUGAAUACGCCUCGACGCUGUUUUAAAAAGGAAUAUGGCAGAUGGAAACAGCUUCCCUACAGCAGGAACGAUUGUAAUGCACCAAUUGUGAUUGCUUUGACCGAUGGAAAGCAUAUCAAACUGUAUCAUGACCUUCUUCAAACCUAUCAUGUAGAAAUUGUUCACUAUGAUUUAGAAAGAGGAUUAAAAUUCCCUGAUGUUUUGUUUCCGUCUGCUAGAGUGGUCAAAUUUGAGACAACGACUCUUUCCAUUGGAACCAAACACGAUGUUUAUAAAAAGAACCUUGUAGUGUCUGAAGCGUACAGAAAUGUACCUGAAGUAACCAUACAAAAUGCUCUUGAUAUGAUCGGCGAACACAAAUGGUCUUUGUUUGGGAAGUGGUCAUCUGAUUUUGCAACUGAAUGUGUUAUUGUGGACCUCGAUAGAUACUACAACCGUGGCUACAGGUUUGCCAGGCUUGUCCAGUCACAGUGUUUUGACUUGCUUUACGGUGAGACAUUACGUAGAUGUCAAGACUUUGGGCUAGAACGCAUUUGCUUUCAAGAAUCUGGAUCUGGACUAGAACGCAUAAGCUAUCUCAUGAACUUUCUUAUGAAAUUUCCUCGAAAGAGAAAAGCAUGAGUUGGUGCCUCCUUCUCAUCUUUAGGAUUAUUUUUAAAAAAAACAUGAUUGAACUUUUUAAAUUUUACCUGCAUUAAAAUCAUAUCUCCUGUCUACAUUUUCGUGAUUUUAAAAACAAAUAUUUAAUCUGUUAUUUUGCAUUGCCAAAAUCAUUCAUUAACAUGUGUGUUUCUGUGAAAGUAUUUUACUUUCAUAUAUUACACCUAAAUUACAUUAUGUAACUGAAUGUAUAAAUAUGUUUUAUGAGACAUCAACAUUUUAAAAAACAAAAUCUCGAAAAAUGUUAAUCCAUCAGUUUAACAUAUGACCACAAAAAUUUUCACCUUCAUCUCAUAAUAUCUGAUACAAAAAAAUCAUUAAUCCUUACUGUUAUACAUCACUCUCAUUAUUUUCAUAUUUAAACGUAUCUUAUAUUUAGAAUUUAACCACAGGUUAAAUUUUCAAAAUAAUAAACAUUUAGACACAAGUUACAUAUUAAAAUACAUGUAUCUGAAACGAUAAUGUAAAGACAUUGUACAACAACAAACAAUACAGAAACCUACAACAAUAUUUUUAAAAUUAACCAAAUAACCUCUGUCACCUUGUUUCGAACCCAUGUCAUACAGAUUACUGUUUCAAAAUAUGAAUGCUAUCAAUAAAUUGAUGAAAUUAGAAAGCUUCAUUUGAGAAGAAAAUGGAUCAUUUAAUCAUUUCUAUAGAAGUAAGAUGCGUAAAAAGAAUAAUGUUCUAUCACUUAUAUUUGGUGUUGUAAAAGUUUAUGUGAUGUUUUUUGUUAAAUUUAUUUCACAAUAAAAUGUAUUGAUUUUU